GGGCGAGCCCUUGUUUCCCGGGGGAGCGUGUGACUGAGGCGCAGCCGGCCGGGGUGGGCAGCCGCCAUGGCGCAGCCGACGGGUCCCGUGGCCCAGCUCAGCGGGAUCAGCAUGGAGCGCUUUCGGCAGGACAUUUACCCGCUGAGAAAGCCAGCAGUGCUGAAAGGAAUAGACUUGGGCACUUGCACAACCACAUGGACAGUGGAUUACCUCAGCCGAACAGCAGGAUCUAAAGAAGUAAAGAUUCAUGUUUCCACAGUGCCACAGAUGGACUUCCUCAGUAAGAACUUUGUAUAUAGAACAUUGCCUUUUGAUGUGUUUGUACGGAGAGCAGCUGAAGUCAAACAUAACGAGUACUUUAUAUCUGAGGAUGAGAAAUACUACUUGCGAUCACUGGGUGAAGAUCCACGAAAGGAUAUUGCAGAUAUCAGAAAGCAGUUUCCUUCAUUAGCAGAAGAUAUUCAGAUCCCAGAAUAUUUUGAAAAGGAACAGUUCUUCUCCAGUGUCUUCCGCAUCAGCUCAGCAGGACUACAACUCUGGACACACUAUGAUAUAAUGGAUAACUUCUUAAUCCAGAUAACAGGAAAAAAAAGAGUUAUACUGUACAAUCCUCGAGACGCACCAUAUUUGUAUUUAGCAGGCACUAAAUCAAAGGUCUUAAAUGUGGAUAACCCAGACCUGGAGAAAUAUCCCCUUUUUAUGAAAGCCAGGCGUUAUGAAUGUUCUCUUGAAGCAGGCGAUGUGUUGUUCAUUCCAGCUUUAUGGUUCCAUAAUGUAAUUUCUGAAGAAUUUGGAGUGGGAGUGAAUGUCUUUUGGAAGCAUCUUCCUUCUGAGUGCUAUGAUAAGACAGACACCUAUGGAAACAAAGAUCCUACAGCAGCUUCCAGAGCUGUACAGGUUUUGGACAGGGCUUUGAAAACACUGGAGGAACUGCCUGAGGAAUAUAGGGAUUUUUAUGCCCGAAGAAUGGUUUUACGCAUCCAGGAAAAAGCCUAUAGCACUAACUAUGAAUAAACAGUCAACAAGUCAACCAAGCUCCUCUGAAAGUAGAGAGCAGUACAGAUAUGGAUACUGUACCUGAAGACGCUUUGAGAAGAUCAAUAAAAACAUUGUUUGUGGACGAAUACUUAUUUCAUAGCCCAAAGAUGAUGAUGUUUUAAUAGAUCCCAUUUCUACUAAUCCAUAUGAAGUAUAGUCUGUUUGAUUCAGCUGUACAACAAUAAGGGGUCAAUUUAAAAUUAAUUUUAUAUAUAUAAAAUAUAUAUAUAAAAUUAAUUUUAAAUUGACCCCUAUAUAUAUAUAUAUGUAUGCAUAUGCGCCCAAGUUUGUGUUAUUUAGAACAAUCAUCUUGUUUCCUGGGGGUAGUUUACUUUCAAAUAACUAUUUCAGAAAAUAAAUAUUCCUGAAUAAGACCUAGGGCAUUGGCAAUUUAAGUUCUGUUUUAGAUCCUGGUAUCUUCUUCAGGGUGGCUAUUGAAAAGAAAGUUCCAGCCCAAAUGGGUUAUUCUCUAGAGUGGUGGAGACUGCUGAUCUGUGGGACUCGCACAGCUUUAGGAAAAGGCAAGCAACCAGCCAGGGUUAACUUGACUAGCUACCUCCCUUUCCUCUAAUUAUGGGGUGAUGAGAAGCAGCUGUGCUCUUAGCAGGACCUAGUCAGGGACAGCAGGUGUGUUCCUGUUGUUCUCCUCAGCAGAGAAAAGAACGGAAAGGAGAGAGAAUGCCCUUGCUGGCUUAUCUGGGCUGUGUGGGUAUGUAUUUUACUUACAUUCAUUUGUUUUUAGUUUGAGUAAGGUAUAAGCUAAAGUGGCACCUGUCGAUUUUUUUUCUUUUAAUUUCCCUGAUCUGGAAUUAUUUGCAGACAGAUUGAAUCAACACAAGCCCAAGAAGUGGGAUUUGUUAGAACCUAAAAUGGAUGUGAAAUCUGAGGCUCCGUGCCAUGAUGCAGCUCAGCUGAGAGCUGUAUUAGACCUGAGUACUGAAUGUUCACAAGUGCUGUCUCUGUCAAACCUAUACAAUUCAGGUCCCCUAAAAAGUCAGGGUGGAGGUUAAGUUCAAUUUCCUUUAUGUGGGGUGUGGAGUGAGAGAAAGAAGGAAGUGAUCAGAUGCCUAUAAUCAGCAAUUCCUUUUGCAUGUUGAGGAACCACUGGUCUCAUAAUCAAUGUAUAAAAUACUUGCGGACUGGAGCCUCAUGAUUUCUGGAUACUUCAAGAGGAGCACUGUUUCCUACACCAACACUCUGUAAACAGAAGGCAGAAAUAAUGGCCGGAGAAACUCAUGCAGAUAUUCUGAUGCUUGAACAGAGUCAAACAAACAUCUCUGGUUGUCUUCAUUUAAAAAUAUGCUCUCUCACAAGAUAAGGCUCAGAACUUAACCUUGAGUCUUUUACAGUGAAGUAUUUCAAUAUUAGCUCACUUGGAUCUCUGGGCUGGGUUCAGAGGAGGCAUACAGGGACUACUAAAUGCAUCUCCCUUAAUCCCAGCUCAGAUGGUAAAAGCUAGGUAAAGACACCAUCGCCCCUGGGAAGGUCCAAGUGAGCUGAUUGCUCUUGGCAUGGUUACUGCCCUUGUUCUGAAAGAUCUUCCUCUUAAUGCUUCUAUAACUCCUAUGAGCAACAGCAUGGGAGCAGACACAGAGUAUCCACCCAACUUCCCCAAGACACCCACAUCACAGACACCCACAGGACAGCAAAAAACUACAGGCAAAGUUUAUGCCAGAGUUUUUUAAAGUUUAGAUUCAUGCUGUAGCUCGAAGAAAAGAACCUGCCAACUUGCAUAGUUUUAUUAUAUCAGGAGCCCUAUCUCCACAGCUGUUGCUAUUGCACCAAACUGCAUUACUGCUAACAGCAGCCAGUUGUACAGUACUUGAUAAAUCAGGGUGAGGUUUUUAUUCUACAGCUAUGGGAUUUGCUGGAAGGAAGGCCCUGGUAAUAUUGUCAUAAAUAUGGAAUCCAUUGGGAGCACUUCAAGAACCCUCCAGGAGUUGAGAUGUAUUGUGUGACUAUAUGAAUAGAAGUAGCAUCUGGCAAGUGGACUCCAUUCCUGAGAUACAAGCCUGUUGCUUCCAGGUGGAUGGAGCUAUAAUGUUGCUCUUGUUUUGGAAGCUGAAUGAUAAGGUGACAUCUGACAAAUAUGACAUGCUGCCAUUGUCCAUUUAAAUAUCUCUAUUUUACUACUUACAGCGUAAGAGAACUGUAGCUGAGGUUUUGGCAUUUAUCUGCCAUUUAGAUCAGUCUGAUGCUUCCAACAGGGUUGAGAAUUGUGACUUGUCAAAAGCUGUUAGCAGGACUAAAUAGGGAUGUGCCACUAAGGCACAGAACAGGGGCUUCCUGCAGAAGCUGGGCCUUGCAACUCUGUGCAGAUUAUUCAUCUAAACCCAUUUUUGUUGGCAGCUGUAACUUAGAGAAAAUAACUUCCCACCAUGUGUAUGGGCACAAUGCCAUCCUAAUGAAUAGGCAUGAAUGUAACCAGCCGGGCGAUCUUGAUAUGCAUACGUUAUGCAUAUGGAGGGCAGAAUUGCAACCUGAGAACACUGAAACACUUGAUUCCUCUAAAUUUCCACUUCUAUAGUUAAAAGGACUGCACAGAUCUAUGUGAGAGUGGGAGGGAGAAAUUAAGGUAGGAUCUGUGCAUCCAGGCACUGGACUGGGAAAGGGCUCAAGGACUCUCGCAGAUUGGAGCAAAGGAUCCCUGGAAAGGGUGUACAGAGCAUCCUUGAGGCCUCUUUGGGAUGUGGGGAGAAAGAGAAAGCAGUGUCAGGCUAGGGGCCAAGCUCCACCUGUUUUCUGCCUGAUAAUUCAGGCUUAACUUGCUCUCAGCCAACCAUUAGCAGCUUUCCAGAAUGCCAGCCCACAGAGGUGCAGGGGGCUGCACUGUUCCUUCUUCCUCCCUGCCCAGCUCAGUAGGUCAUUCUGACUUCUGCUGGCCAGCUAUACCCGAGGAGGAAGAUCGAACUUGACAUAGUGAUUAGUGUCCUCCUUCGGUCACUUGAGCUGGAAAGCCAUGGCUGGGGCCUCUAGGUGCUGCAGUAAUGCAAAUAAUAAUUCAUAAGGAAAGAAGUAGCGGUCAACAUGUUACUGAUCUGUGAGUGUCACAGCUUGUGGGUAGGACAAUAGUCUUAUGGGGGACAGCCCUUUGGGGCUGGGCAAUAGAAGAGAAGGAAGGGCCCUGUGGAUUUGAAACACCCUUUCUCCUGAUGCUGUCCCCGCUGGUGGGGGUGUUAAGAUUUUCUAUAGUAUUAGUUACUGUAAAGGCACGCAGUAGUGGCUUCUAGGCCACAAUUAUUCAGGGUGCAGUUUUGAAAUAUUUUUCUUCGGUGGCUUUUAUUAUAAAUAAAAAUUGUAAGCCCCCAAAAUUGGGCCAAAUUAAUUCUAUAUGUAACUUCAUUGCAAUCAAGGGCUGAGAUGGCCCAGUGCGGUGUUUGAAAUAAUUCUCUUGUUUAGUAUAGCAUGAAGUUUGGGUCAGGGCACAGAAUAUUUUAAUAUGUGAACCAAAGGCUGUAGUAAAUGCAGCUAUUUGUCUUACACAAAAGGAUUCAUUUAAACAUGCUGUCCACAAACCUUUCUUAAAGUGGCACCAUUACGUUUUUAUAUUUAAAAAUAGAAACUGAUGACGUCCCCUUGCUUCUGGCAACACUAACUCCUGCUCCCCCUCCCCCGCCAGCGUUCUGGUGGAGCUCUCUAGGGAUGAGUCAUUCCCCUUCUGUGGGCUCUGUAGUCUACGGCCUCUCUACAGACAUUGCCAAUGAGGGUGCCAAUCGUGUUGUGGUCUGAGAUUACCCACAAUUCCAGGCAGGUCAGUGGAAAAGCUAACAGUUUACCACUGCUUGCAUGGUCCCAUUUUGCAUUGGUAUCUUAAAUCCUCCUUUUUAUGAAGCAGUGAUCAUUCCUUUUCUUAGGCCUAACAUCUGAGAGCAUUUCUUGUCAUCUGUUUUGUUUUGUUUUCUUCUAUUUGAUGAUGACACGACUAGUUGUGAAAAUCCUGAAGCUACUAUCUAGAAGUAAAUUGAGUUUGUUUCAUCAUCUCAUGUUGGUGUAAAACUGGAGUAGUGCAGUGGUGGAUUAGGUGCAACAUGUUCAAGGAAUAACUUCAAGCUAAGAUGAUUCCUGAAUAUAUCAACUUAACAUCACAGUUACUAAAAUAAUACGCUGGGAAGUGGACACGUUAGUGUUGUGUGGGAUUUUGGCCUUCUGGGACCCAAAGCAAAAUGGAAUUAUGCCACAAUAAACCAGAAAGGUCUGUGAUUGGGUAUUUGCCAACAUUUUAAUUUUUCUAACAUAACUACACAAAGAAUACUUCAAAUAGCAUAUAACACAGCCAUAAAGAUGGAUGAUACUGUCAUAAUAGAAGGUGAAGUUGAGAUAGUUGAAUGUAGGCAACCCCCCAAAACACCAGUCAAAACUUGGCCACCCCCUUAUGUUUUGUUACACUGCAACAAUGUUGGUGAUUGACAUUUUAAAUGUAACUGAUUUGAUUGCAAACCAACAUCUGGAAAGAAUUUAAAACAAUAUUUACCCUUGGUAGGAUUACAAAGGGCAACUCUUGAUUGUAGGUGUUAUACAUUAUAUAUUUUUCUUAGCACAGUUGCCAUGGAAAAGAAAAAUCAAAUGAAAAACAUGCAUGUCAAAAUAUAAAUGUCAGACUAUUAGCAUGGGCUAUCUAAACUACCCAUCAUAAAGCAUAUAGCUGGCUGAUCAAUGUGACACUUUAAAAAAUGAAAUAAAAACCUCAUGUAAUGGAAUGUCCAACAGACACUUAUAUAUUCAUCUCCCCUGCCUAUCUUUCUGGUAUAAAUUGUUUUCAAUGGCUGUUGAUAGGACUGGAGUUUGACCCUUGGUGUUACCCAAACAAGUCAUGAAAACAUUUAAUAUCAGAAGUAGACAAAUAGGCGGAGCCCUUCUCAGUGCUUAGGAUGAAACUCUUUUUGCUUCACUUAUACAAGCAGUCCUGUUGUGGGGAUACUAGCAUAAGUAAGGCAAGCUUGAUUUUACCCAGAGUGGCCCUUAUACUAAACUCUGUUAACGGUACCAAUGUCCCUUAUUUCACCACUUCAAAAAUAAUUACUUGGCAGGUUUAUCGUUUACUCUUUGUACACAGACGUCACUUCCCAAAUCCCUGAGUGUGAAUGUGUUUUUUCCAGUUUAGGUCUCUGGACAUCUAGUAAAUGCACUGCAUAGGCUAAAUAUGUUACAGAUGCACAGCACCCAGUGGCAGUGUAUUUCCUGCAAUGUAGCUUGUAUACCAGGGCUCAACCCACAGGCCAACAUCAAUAAGUGCAAAUUCUGCUAAUCAUAAUGGGAAGAAUAAAUGAAAUCCUACAAUUUCCAAAAAUUGUUUGCUGUGCAAAUACAUGUAAGCUUCAUCCAACUUAUUUUUGAGACUGAUAAUGGUGUGGGGGAUAGAUCCUGGUCUCUGGCUGCAAGGCUUGACACUUUUUACUCCCUCACAGAGAGGGACAGAGCAACAAGGACUGAGCAGACUAUUUCUUUUUCUGGUGUUUGUGUUGUUAACACAUUCCUAUUUAACAUUUUAGAGCAGGUUGGAAACACUAAGACAAAAGAACAGCUUGUUCAUGCAAAGCACUCUGCUGGUCCAUAUGGUACUAUGCUCAGACAAAAAUUACAGGUAUUACCUGCAAUAAUGCGUAUUUGUAUCGUAACUGACAAUUUUUGCUGUGAAAGGAUUUUUGUGUUUCAGAGGCCAAGCUGAAAGCUUUCAUUACAGAAACUCAACAUAUUUCCAGCAAUAAUGGCUGGCGAAGGGAAGUUUUGCUGGAAUGGACAACUUCAUGUGGUAGCCUCUCCUUUGAAAAUCCCCCUAGAGCAGUAGUUUUCGACUUGAGGUCCACAGUCCCCUGGGGUCUGCAAACUCCAUCUAAGAUUUCCAAAGGGGUCUGCACCUGCAUUUGAAAUUUUUUAGGGCUCUGAAAAUGCAAAAAGGUUAAAACCCACUGCCCGACAGGCAAAUCAUAUGGGGAUUUAAAGGACCCCAAUUUGCCUUUCCCCAGUUUUGGGGUGCCUGCUGCAUUAGUCCCUAGACCAAAUUUUGGUAAACUUUGCAGUAACACUUGCUUUGGUGACAGCAAUUUGGAAAAGUCUGGUAUUCCAGUGCUAAAAGGAACAAGACAACAGCAAAUAGAAGAGCUCCCCUCAAAAUCUGUGAGAGGAAAACAAAACCCUUUUUUUAAACUCUGAAGAGAGAAAUGUUCGCUUAUAUUUGAAAUGGAGACCUUGAAAGUAGAAUAUGAUAUAACUGCAUCCACAUUAGAGGCUGCAGUUUCUAAAUCUAUAUAGUUACAUCUGUACAAAAACUGUAGACCACCCCUUUGACAGAUCAGAAACAAAGGUGCUGACUCAUCACAUGACUGUUUUCAGACAAUUGUGAAGCAGACAUGCCAAACCCAUGAAAAAAAAACACAGAAAUUGGGCUUGUUUUUGGCUUGAGUUGCUUGUUGGUUAGUUUUUAGCUUGUUAGGCUUGUACCUUUUUAUUUUUGAUCAGCUCCCGGCAAGCGGGGCAAGGGCGGGGAGAGAGUCAAGGGUUCACAGCAGGCCCACCACAGUCCCAGACGGCAUGCCGGGGGGAUCUAGUCACAUAGUGUUGGGUUCUUAGGGAUUAGUUUGUUUUAGCCUUGUUUUGAAAUGGGAUUAGCUUGAUUUUUGGCUUAUUGUGAAAGUCAGGGUGCUUAUUUACCACAUGAAAGCUGGCAACUGUGUUGUGAAGGCAUUUCUUAAUAGAGAUAAUACCUUAAAGAGGCUUGAUGUUUGCAAAGUGCUUUGAGGUCUUUGUCUGAAAUGUAGCGUAGAAGUGGAAAGGAGUGUUACUGUUCUGCGAGAUAUCUUUUGAGAGAGUGACCGAAGUCAAGGCGACUUCAGAAGGAUGGGAGAGAGCCUGAGAAAACAAGACCACAGACCUGCCUGUUUACAUGGAAAGUGUUAUUUGAACAGCUAGGAGAGCUUUCCAUUAAACCAGUCCAGAGCCAGUUUGUACAUCAGAAAUGCGCCUGAGAACCAAAUUGCUGUGCUGCUGACAGAUAAGCCAUUGCUGGACUAAGAGCAUGUUUCCUAGAGAACACUUGGUGCGUGGGUGGAAACAAACAGGGAGCUGAGUUUUUUUGAGAGAGAAAAAGGCAUACUCCACCACAAAGCAUGGCGUCAACUAUCCACGACAAGACUUUCAUCUUGAAUAUAGUCAAUUAAAAGGGUUUCUUCUAGAUUAAAGGGUAUUAGUAAUUUAGAUGUUUUUAAAAUUCAAAUAUCAUGACUAGUGGAGGGAUGGUAGUGGGAACUGCAGUAAUGAAAUGCUUGUUACUACAUCAUUUAUAUUAUUAUGGAAUAUAAACUUAGUACCACAAAGGAGAAAACAGCAUGAGCACUUUGAAAAAGACAGCCACAGCACCUACAUAUUUAGUGCAGAGUUGCAAGAGAGCUGUGCUCUCAUUUAGGCUAUUAACUGAAGUGGUCAAAGUGCUCAUCUCACAGCCACUGUUCUCAAUGGUCCCAAUUCAGGAAGGCACUUAAGCACAUGCUUAAGUGUGUUCCUGGAUAGGGUUCCUUUCCAGAGUCGGGCCCAUGGGAGCUGUUGGAUGCUGAACUCCUUUGUUACUCUGGUCCGUUACCUUUGUGGAAUGGGUUAACAUUUCCAUAAAGUGAUUUCAACUGAUCUUAUUAACAGAAUGCUUAACAACUUCCUAAUAUACUUUCACAUUUGUGAGCCCCUACUGUGUUGAAUGAUUAAAUUAAAACCACUACAAAGCUCUCAUUAGAAAUGUUAAUCAGAAAGUGUGGUGACUAAGUGCCAUUCAAUUGGCACUAAAUUACUGCUUGAAGUUAUAUAUUAGUCAUGUAAAUUAUACUUCCACACGUAACUCUUCCUCUACUCCCACUUCUCCUCCCCCCCCCCAAUAAAAAAAUAAAACUUUAAUUAGGGUUUAGUAGUCAGACUUCA